AGAAAGGUAGGUAAUCAGACCAUUGCAUCAGGGGCUCUGAUGGCCUGGAAAGUUCCUGGGAGGAGCAUCUCACCUAGGCGGCGAUAGAGUACAAGGACGCGGGUGCCUCGGCUGCGGGAGUCCGGCCGGGCGGGGCGAGGGGCGGGCCCCGGCGUCUCCGAGCGUUGGGGCGCAGCGACAGUAACGCCGCGGCCAGGAUAGACGGGUGCGCUGCCGGCCCUUCGGUGGCCAUGGCCGAGCCCGCCACUCGCCGCUGCUGCCUGGGCUGGGACUUCAGCACACAGCAGGUGAAAGUUGUCGCUGUUGAUGGAGAGCUGAAUGUCUUCUUUGAGGACAGUGUGCAUUUUGACAGAGACCUUCCAGAAUUUCGCACUCAGGGUGGAGUUCAUGUCCACAAGGAUGGUCUGACAGUGACUUCUCCGGUCCUGAUGUGGGUCCAGGCUCUGGAUAUCCUCUUGGAGAAGAUGAAGGCUUCGGGCUUCGACUUCUCUCAGGUCCUCGCCUUGUCUGGGGCAGGCCAGCAACAUGGAAGUGUGUACUGGAAAGCUGGGGCCAGCCGGGUGCUGACAAGCCUGUCACCAGCCCUCCCGUUACAUGGGCAGCUUCAGGCCUGUUUCUCCAUCAGCAACUGCCCAGUGUGGAUGGACUCCAGCACCACAGCCCAGUGCCGCCAGCUGGAGGCCGCUGUGGGUGGGGCCCAGGCUCUCAGCUCCCUCACCGGGUCCCGCGCCUAUGAGCGAUUUACAGGAAACCAAAUUGCCAAGAUUUACCAGCAGAACCCCGAGGCCUACUCACACACGGAGAGAAUUUCUUUGGUCAGUAGUUUUGCUGCUUCCCUAUUCCUUGGGUCUUACGCCCCUAUUGACUACAGUGAUGGUUCUGGAAUGAAUCUGUUGCAGAUCCAGGACAGGGUAUGGUCACAGGCUUGCCUCGGUGCCUGUGCACCGCGUUUGGAGGAGAAGCUUGGCCUGCCGGUACCGUCAUGCUCAGUCGUGGGAGCCAUUUCUUCCUACUACGUCCAGCGCUAUGGAUUUCCUCCAGGAUGCAAAGUGGUGGCCUUCACGGGGGACAACCCAGCAUCACUGGCAGGCAUGAGGCUGGAGGAAGGUGACAUUGCGGUCAGCCUAGGCACCAGUGACACCCUGUUUCUCUGGCUCAAGGAGCCCACGCCUGCCCUGGAAGGCCACAUCUUCUGCAACCCCGCUGACCCCCAGCAAUACAUGGCGCUUCUGUGCUUUAAAAAUGGCUCCCUCAUGAGAGAGAAGAUCCGUGAUGAGUCCUCUUCCUGUUCCUGGAGUGAGUUCUCUAAGGCGCUACGGUCCACGGAGAUGGGGAACGGCGGAAACCUUGGUUUCUAUUUUGAUGUAAUGGAGAUCACCCCUGAAAUUAUCGGGCGUCAUAGGUUUAGUGCAGAAAACCAUGAGGUCUCAGCAUUCCCCAGGGACGUGGAGAUCCGAGCACUGAUUGAAGGACAGUUCAUGGCCAAGAGGAUUCAUGCCGAAGGCCUGGGCUAUCGAGUCGUGUCCAAGACAAAGAUUUUGGCCACUGGAGGGGCAUCUCACAACAGAGACAUCUUACAGGUGCUUGCGGAUGUGUUUGGCGCCCCGGUGUAUGUCAUAGACACUGCCAACUCAGCCUGUGUGGGCAGUGCUUACAGAGCUUUCCACGGCCUUGCAGCUGGGACAGACGUGCCCUUUUCAGAGGUUGUGAAGUUAGCCCCAAAUCCCAGAUUAGCUGCUACACCAACCCCAGGAGCUUCUCAGGUGUACGCUGCCCUCCUCCCAAGGUAUGCCCAGCUUGAGCAGAGAAUCCUGUCCCAGCCCCGGGGGCCUCUGGAGUGAGUUCUGCAGGCCCUGGAGUCCCUGUUGACCCUGCCUGCCCAGACCUGCUGAUGCUUCUUGGAGGUGUGGCCCUGGACAACGCGGAUCUUCUUCCCUUUCGCGGUGGCUCUGCUGCUACCUGACUCUUGCCAUGUUCCAGCCCUGCCCAGGACCACCUUGAAAGCCCACCUUAGUACAUAUUUCUGAACAUAAAUAGGCUGUUUGUGUCCCUGUGCCCUUGUAUCAAGGGCAGGAAAGCGUCUCUCCUUUUCUGUCUUUAUCUCAGGAAGCAGGAUAACACUGAGUCUGGAUAUCGUGACUUUUUCCUUUCCAAAAACAGAAGUGAAGCUAAUCUAGGGACCUAAAGCAGGAUUGGGGAGACAAAGCCGUCCCCCUUCCCAUGGCGCCAGCACAUCCCCUUCUCCAACCCUGACUCACUGGCCAUUCCUCCCCAUACCCGGACCCCACUGUCCAUCCUUUCCCCAACCCUGACCCCCAGCCAAGUCUUUCAUGCCCUGAUACUCCCCGCUGCCUGCUCCCUCUUCAUUUCAGGCACUGAAGUGCCUCCCAGUUUCCUUUUCUGUCCUCCCCAUGCUCAGUCCUCCAGGCUCUCACCCAUCUUUUAGCAUCUGUCCUCCCUCCCCUGCCCACCUGGUGUAACUCACCCCUUCCCACCCAAAAACACCUGCCGGGCCUGGUGAACAGGCUUCAGCUCUGCCCACAGGCUGCCUGACUCCCAGGCACAUCAGACCACGUGGAGGGGCCAUCGCCCAGGUAGCACAGUUUUGCGCUUGUGUGCGUGCGUUCGUGCUUGUGUGUGUGCAUGUGUGUCUGUGUGUGUGUGUCUGUGUGUGUGUCUACUUUCAGUUCUCUUGCUGAAAAAAUUGGGUCAUUUAUCUGGGAGAAUUUCCCAAACUCUGGAUUUUGUUAAUUCUAUCCCUGAGGUGUCAUUUAACAUGUUCUCUAUUUUCUAUAUUUCCUAUAAAUUAGUAGUUGGAUCUAAUACAGGAUUUCUUACCCUCAGCACCCUGGGCAUUUUGGGCUAGAUAUUGAUUUUGUUGUGAAGGGCUGCCUUGCUCGUUGUAAGAUGUUCAGCAGUAUCACACUGGCGUCUUCCCACUAGAUGCCAGUAUCACCCCCUCCCCCCAAGUCAUGACAAUCAAGAAUGUCUCAGGGCAUUGCCAGAUGUCCCCUGGUGGGGGUGAGGGAGCAGAAUUGCCCCUGGUUGAUAACCUAGAGGCUUGAUCAGAUGCAUAUGUGGUUAUUUUCCUUUAUAUGUAAGACAGCUUCAUAGAUGGUGUUAUGUCCUUCCGUUAGGAGGCAGUUGUGUCUGGUUUUCUCACUCUUCUUUGAUGUUCACGCCUAGCUCCAUUUUCACUAGGAAUCAAAUUUUGUUACCUCUCUUUGUUUAUUAGCUGGGAUUCUCCUACAUGAAAAGCAUCCCCUAGCCAGUUAUCCAAUGGUAUUGUUUACAUAGCAGAGGCAGAAUAGAUUCUGUCCUCUUUAUUCACCAGUUUUCAAAAUAAUGAGUUGAUUCCCAACCAUCCUCUAACAGCAACUAGAUUUUUAUUUGUAGUAUCAGUACGAUCCACUUAACGUAUUUUAUGUGUUUUAACCCAUGGCAGUAACUAUUCUUAUCCUUCUUUUUGAUAGCCAUUCUCUCCAACUUUUCUCGUGCUUUCCUGAUCUCUCUCAUUCAUUCUUUCUUCACCGAUACUUCUGCUCUGUCUACUUAAUUAUUGCUGGGCCCCGAAUCUCUGUCCUCGUUACUCUUGCCUUCCCAUUCUGUCUUAUCUUGUUGGAUGAUUUCAUCUAUUCUUGGGCUUCAACUACUACUUAUAUACCAGUAACACCAACAUCUGUGUUUCUAGCCAGAAAUCUCACUGCAAUAUACCAAUCUCCACUUAUCUUCCCUUGCCCUUCCACAAACCUCCCCCUCCACAGUCCCUGUUUCAGUGAAUUGGCAAUAUCAUCCUCCCAUUCGUUCAUUCGGGAACCCAAAUUCAAAACUCUUUUCCCUCUUUCCCAUCAAUCCCAAGUGAUUUUGGUUAUUCCUUUGGUAACUCCUAAAGCAGUUCCUUUCUCUCCAUUCCUCCUGUUUUACUUUAGACCCCUUUAUUCCUUGCUCAGAUUAUUGCAAAAGCCUCCGUAGAAAGUCCUCUGUGAUCUGCCUCCUGCAAAAUCCUCCAGAUUUUUCUUCUGCCACAGGCCUUUGCCUUUGUUGGCACUUUAGUUAAACCAAACUGCUUAUGGUCUCACCCAGAGUGGAAAAUGCUGCAAACGGGUCUGAAACCUGGUGGAUCAGAGCCGUGGCCUGUGGGAAGUCAAAAGGAAGGGGUUUCGAAAAUGAGUGGGACCAGAGAGAUGACAUCAUCUUGAAAGGGAGUGGUGCCCCUUGCAGGCUUGGCGAGUAAAGGGGAAAAAAGGAAGCAAGAAGCUGAUGAUGAUGGCUUAUCAAUAGCAAGUCAAAGAUUCAGAAGAAAAUGGACUGUUCCCCGCCAUGGCCACGUAGACGUUCCUUACUAAAGAAAUGUUACAUUAUUGACCAACAGAAAAGGGCUUUUUUGGACCAAGAAGCAGAGAAAGCCACUCGAUUCAUUCUCCAUUUUACCUCUGCCCCCAUAGAGUUGCCUGUUAUUGCACGCAUGCCAACAUAAAUAGCAAAAGGAAUUCACCAUUUAUACAAGUAUAGGAAGAAAACGGAGUGAGAAUCAUAACUUUUCAAGCUGAUGAAAUACUCAAAAGGAAAAUGGGACAAAGUAAACAACCCUGAAAUACGAAUUUUAAAAUAAUUAAAAAACAAUUGUGAAUAUAAAAGAAUACCACAGAUCAGAAAUUCAAAAACUCAGAAUAAAAAUGAAAAAGCAACAGGCAUAUGUGAAAAGGAAACUGACCAAACUUGGGAAAGAGUUUGAAUAAAAAGAUAAAAUCAUCAUAAUUAUGAAGACUGCAUUACAACACAUCUAAAUUAAAGUAAAUAUGACUGCAAGUACAGUAAAGCAUAUAGAAGAAAGGAAUGAAAAAAGCUAAGACCGCAAAAACAAUAUAAAGGAAGAGCUAAAAAGGCCCAGAAAGAAAAUGAUGGAUAAAAAGACAGGCAAAAAAAGAUUAACAAGUAAAAUCAGAGUUCCUGAAGCCAAAAGAUAAGACAGUGGAACAGAGUUAAUAUUUAAAACUGUACCCCAAGAGAAAUUUCUGAAAACUCGAAGACCUGAAUCUGUAUCUUGAAGGGGCCUAUCUUGUUACUUGGAAAAUUGUUCCAGAAUGAUCAACUAAGACAUAUCCUAGCCUAACUAUUACACUUUGAAGGUGAGGAGAAAACUAGGUCAAAAAGACCUAGUCUUUUGCAAAGGAAAAAUCAGGUUGGCAUCAGACUUCUCAAAAAGCAAGUAGCAGUGGAGCAACAUUUUCAAGAAACUUAAAAAAUUUGAACUAAGUGUUUAGUAUCCAGCUAAGCUGUCCUAAGUAUCAAGGAGAUCUAUCUAUCUAUCUAUCUAUCUAUCUAUCUAUCUAUCUAUCUAUCUAUCAUCUAUCUAUCUAAUGUUUUAAUCAUGCAAUAGCUCAGGAAAUAACCCCUUAGGAUUCUACAAAGACAAACUUCAUCCAAGUAGGAGAUGAUUGGGGAAACUUCCACAAAAGGACUGGUAGUGAGCAUUGAAUAUCUUUAAUUUUAGAUCUGAGGUCAAAAUGAACGUAGGGAUAAGGGUGAAAGAAUAGUAUCAAAUAGUCUAUGUUUUAACAAGGUAAAAGCAACACAACUAUAAAUGAAAAGGGAGAGAGGAAGCGGACAGUACAAAGAGCUCUUUGUUGCCAGAAACAAUAUGUGCCAAUCAAACAGUAUCACUUUAGGUUGACAGAACAAAUAGUUGAGGCUUAAGGAAAAAGGGAGACAAAGCAUUAUAUAAAGAUAACAGUAUAGUAUAAAGAUAGUCACUAGGAUAAAAGUAGACAUCUCCCUCAAUGCCCAAACAGACAAUCAUAAAGGCACUAGAUCACAUAGUGAAAAACAUGCAGUAAAUGUAACAUCAUACACACAGCAACUGGAAGGACAAGCAGGCGUCAAAUUAGUAAAUGGAAGGACUCAACUCCUCUAUUAAAAACUUUCAGAUUGGCUCACAAACCAGUAUCUUACUGGCUGUUAUUUACAAGAGACACAUUUAAAGUAAGUGACCCAGAAAGGCUAAAAAGGAAAGGGAUGGGCGACAAUAUAACAGCAAAUACAAAUUAUGAAAAGCAGAUUACAGUAUCGAUGUUAACAAGGUAGAUGGAAUUCAGGAAAAGAUUAGACACGACAAAGAAGGACACUGAUGUUAAAAGCCACAAUUCAAAAUGAAGACACACUGGUUAUGAAUGUUACAGCAUCAGCCGGUUGGUUUGUCAACUUCAAAUGAUAGUCUUUGAUUCCCACCUAGAGAUUCCAACAGAAUCAGUAUAUCUUCUGAAUAUAUAUAUUGAACUUUGCACUUUUAAGGAAUAAUAGAUAAUACACCUUUUAUCCUCACAAAGAUUGGCCGUUUAUUAUACUGCAAAGAAAACAUCUAAAUUUCCACAAGAUAGAAAUAAUACAGUUUUUAAUCACAAUGCAAUAAAAUGAGAAAUUAAUAAAAUGUUUUUUAAAAGUCACACCUAGAGAAAGACUUUCUGUGAAACUACUCUUGGGACAAAGGAAUAUAAACCCAAAUUUCAGAGUUUCUAGAGAAUGAUUGGUAACAAAGUCUAAUUAAAACGGUAGGUGAAAUAUAGUUUUAAAAUACUGUACCAUUGAUAAAAAUAAAAGAUGAAUUUAAAAUACUCAAAAAGCAAAAA